GGCGGAAGCGGAAGCGGAAGCGGAGACGGAAGCGAGCACCGCCCCACGGCGCACGCUGCGGUUUCCUCGGCAGCUGCGCCCUGCGUGGCGGAAGCUCACAAUCAGCCCGCUCCCUCGGGCUCCCACCCCGCCCUCCGCGCUCACCUGCCCGCGCGCUCGCCUUCUGGGGACCCGGGGCCCAUGGACACACACACCCAGCCCUGCUGUCCCGCUCGCCAGCUCGCCAGCCCACCCAAAGGGACACCAUUCACGCCUGGGCGCCUCCGCCGGGCUCCGGGAGCCCAAGGUCGCGGCUGGGCCAGCGCUGAGCGUCAGGGGACGAAAGCAGGGGCCUCCGCGGUCGCCCCAGCAAGCCCAGGCGCAUAGGUGCCCAGAGAUCGCCCGGAAGACUAAGAGUUUUAGUUUUGGUCCAGAAAGCAUUUUCAACGAGCUGGUCAAGCAUGGCUUUAGCAGAUAAGAGACUUGAGAACUUACAGAUCUACAAAGUUCUUCAAUGUGUGCGGAACAAAGACAAGAAGCAGAUAGAGAAGCUGACCAAGCUUGGAUACCCUGAACUAAUCAAUUAUACAGACCCCGUUAAUGGACUUAGUGCUUUGCACUUAGCCUCAGUUUCCAAUGAUAUCGAUAUGGUCAGCUUUCUCCUUGACCUUGGUGCUCACCCUGAUGUGCAAGACCGAAUGGGCUGUACUCCCACAAUGAGGGCUGCAGAACUGGGCCAUGAAUUGUCAAUGGAAAUAUUAGCAAAGGCAAAGGCUGAUAUGACUAUAGUUGAUAAUGAAGGAAAAGGUAAAAAUCCCGACAUCCUCUCCAGCACAUUGUAAUUCACUUUGUAGCCAGAAAGCAAUAACAUGGACUCUUUUUGUUUUCUAACUUUAGAAGUGAAUUACUUAAGGUUUUAAGGGAAAGGCUAAAUUCUCACUCCUAUACCUAAACCUACUGUCUCCUCAUACUUUGAAAAUGAGAUAGCUAUAUCUUAGGGAAAUCAAUUAUGAGAGCUUGCUCAUAUAAUUAGAUUAAUUUGUGUUUGGUGGUUUCUUUUAAAUGUGGAGAAUUUUGAAAUUAUACACACUGAUCAUUCAUUAUAAAAUAUAAACUUUUGUUUAAAACAAAGAUGAAGUCGAGCAUUCCUUAUUCUUUUUUUACAUUUUAGAAUUUGGUGCAGUACUACACCUAGGACUCCAAAAGGAUUUUGACCUCCUCAGUAGCAGUCUGAUGUAGGAAGGACUUGCACUUGGAAACUUGGAAGGACUAAAGUCAAUUCUGGCAUAAACUCCAACUUUCUAGGAUUAUUUAAAAAUGUGUUUGGAAAUACAACGUCAAACUUUAGACAUGACCUUUCAACAAUUAUUCAGAUCAAACAGCUGUACUUCCACACCGUUAAUCCCAUCAUCUCAAGACCAUGGUCUGAGGACUUAUUGCCCAAAUAACUUAAGGUGUUUUGUUUUAUUGCAUUUUACCGACUAAGCGGCAUUAUCGCUGUGCUCUGAUCGCCCUUGAACAUGGUGCAGAUGUCAACAAUUCUACCUAUGAAGGAAAGCCAAUAUUCCUUAGAGCUUGUGAAGAUGCACAUGAUGUUAAAGAUGUGUGCCUGACACUUUUGGAAAAAGGAGCCAAUCCUGAUGCCAUCAACUCAUCCACAGGUCGCACAGCUUUAAUGGAGGCGUCAAGAGAAGGGGUAGUGGAAAUAGUUCGAGGUAUAUUGGAAAGAGGAGGUGAAGUGAAUACGUUUGACAAUGACAGGCAUCACGCCGUGCAUUUUGCUGCUAAAGGAGGCUUUUUCGAUAUCUUGAAGCUUCUUUUUGCCUACAAUGGAGACAUGGGGCUGAUUUCGAUAAAUGGGAACACACCACUUCAUUAUGCUGCCAUGGGUGGUUCUGAAGAUUGCUGUAAAUAUAUAGCUCAGCGAGGAUGUGACCUGAAAUGGAAGAAUUUAGAUCAUAAAACGCCCAGGGCUGUGGCUAAGGAAGGCGGCUUCAAAGCAGCAAGCAAAGAAAUACGCCGAGCGGAGAGAAUGGCUAAUAAACUAGCCAGGCCAGGAGCCAAAAAUCCAAAUCCACUGUGGGCCCUUAGACUGCACGAUUGGUCCGUAGAACGUGAGACUUUCCUCCGGGAAGCCUUUUCGGUUUUAGACAGGGGUGAUGGGAGCAUCAGCAAGAACGACUUCGUGAUGGUGUUGGAGGAAAGGCAAGAUUAUGCAAGCUCAGAACAGCUGGCUGCCAUCGCUCAACUUCACGAGAAAACCCGGGGAGGAGGGGUCAAUAUUAAUGAAUUCUUUAAAGGAACCAGAUAUUUAAGCAAGUCUUUUGUCUUAGGAUCGUAUGGACCUAAGAAAAAGAAAAAAGGGAUGGGCAAAAAAGGAAAGAAAGGGAAAUUUGUCUUACCCCUUCCAAUCUGUGUCAUUCCUGAGUCUGCAUUUCCACGCAGGCAGGAUGGUGGGCCACCGUAUUACAUGAUUGAGACCUGUGAGAAUGUCACUGACAGCAGCCGAUUUAACAGAGAUCACCCCCCAGAACAUCCCAUUCAGGAUGACUCUGCUUGGUACAUUGAUGAUUCAGAGAAGGUAUUUUCAAACAUUAAUAUUAUCACCAAAGCAGGGGAUCUGGCUUCUCUGAAAAAGGCCUUUGAAUCAGGAAUACCUGUAGAUAUGAAGGAUAAUUAUUACAAAACUCCGCUCAUGACGGCGUGUGCAAGUGGAAACGUAGAUGUGGUCAAGUUUCUUCUUGAAGAAGGAGCUAACGUUAAUGCAACAGAUAAUUUUCUGUGGACUCCACUUCAUUUUGCAUGCCAUGCAGGCCAACAAGACAUUGUUGAGCUUCUUGUUGAAUCUGGAGCUUUAAUAGAUGCAGUUUCAAUCAACAACUCAACUCCUUUAAAUAGAGCCAUUGAAAGCUGCAGACUGGAUACUGUAAAAUACCUACUUGAUGUUGGUGCUAAAUUCCAGCUGGAAAAUAGAAAAGGGCAUAGUGCCAUGGAUGUUGCAAAGGCAUAUGCUGAUUAUAGAAUAAUUGGUCUGAUUAAAGAAAAGCUAGAUAACUUGCCAAAACCAGCAGAAAAUCAAAAGCUAAAAGGCAAGACACCUCCUAUACUGAAGACUGAAGGCCCUGAAAUUAAGAAAGAAGAGGAACCACUGUCAUCAAUUUAUGGUGUACCAACCACGUCAGAGGGAAAGAAAGUACGGAAGGAUAAUGUGGUUCAUCUCAAUUCAUUGAUUACCAGUGGUUACACUAAGAAAGUGGAUAUCACAUUUAUUCCGCGGAAGAUUUGGAGUCCUGAAGCCACAACAGCAGAGCUGAUCAGGAAGAGGGAAGUACGGCGAGAGAGGUUUACACAUGAGGUGGACUUCGACGAUUUUAUGAUGCCUUUUCAGAAGAACAUCACAGAGAAAGCUCGAGCGCUGGAAGCUGCCUUGAAGACCUAAGUCAUAGCAGUUAUUUCUUGGGGUAAAUGCUUUGAGGCCCAGGGACCAAUCUUUGGAGAAAGUAGACAUUUCCAUCAAAGCCAAAGCAAUCCAUAUACCAAGAACUUGUUACCAAGUAUUUCUUUUUGCUUUAACAACUAUAAAUAUUCUGAGCUGUCUAGAGAAAAGAUGUAUGUUAUUUUGAAAUGAAUGGUAUGUCAUUCUGGAUAAAUCCCCAAGCCUCCUUAUGAGUGUAGUGAAAUACAUGACAUGUGGGUUAUAAACACUGCUGUCAAAAGAUUUACCAGGUCUACACCAUUGUGCUUAUUAUUUUUUUAAUUUUUUUUUUUCAUUAAAUACAGAGUCUCACUAUAUUGCCCCAGCUGGUCUUGAACUCUUGAGCUCAAGCAAUCCUCCCAACUUGGCCAUCCAAAGUGCUGGGAUUAUAGUCAUGAGCUACUGUGCCCAGCCUGCUUAUUGAAAAUACAUUUCUAGUGGAAAUUGAUGAAAACAAUUUAGGUUUUGGAAAAAGAAGUAACAUUUAAUCUUCUAAGGAAGGAGUUUAUUUCUCACAUGCCAUUAUAAACUAUGUGUGUUAGAUACCUUGGGUUGAAUACACUUUUAACAGCCCUAGCUGUUAAAAGCCCUAGCCCUAGAUAGAUAGAUAUUAGAUUGGUGCAAAAGUAACUGCGGUUUUUGCCAUGACCUUUAAUUGCGGCAAAAACUGCAAUUACUUUUUCUCCAACCUGGUAGCUAGGUAGCUAGCUAGCUAGCUAGCUAGCUAGAAAGACAGAUAGGUAUAUAGAUGAUAGAUGAUAGAUAGAUAGAUAGAUAGAUAGAUAGAUAGAUAGAUAGAUAGAUAGAUAAUUUAUUGCAAAUAAUUGGUUUACAUAAUUCUGGGCCCCAGAUGGUCAAGUGCUAAAUUUGUAGAGUAGGCUAUCAGGAAGUGCAGGCUAGAAACAUGCAGGAGCUGUCCCUGAAGUCCACAAGUGGAAUUUCUUCUUCAACACAGAAACCUCAGUUUUGUUCAUACACCUAAAUACUUCAGUAUGUCUUUCCUAAAAUAAAAGGCAUCCGUUUACCUAACCAGAUUACGAUUGUCAAAAUUUCAGCUGUCGUUAAAGCGACUGAUGGGAUCAGGUUUGCCUAGAUUAUCUAAGACAAUCUCCUUUACUUAAAGUCAAUGAAUUGUAAAUGUUGGUUGCACGUACACAAUUCCUUCACCACAACACCUAAGAUAUUUGAUUGAGUUACUGGGUGCUAUAACCUAGCCAAGUUGAGACAUAAAACUGACCAUCUCUGGAGGUGUAAUCUGGAGUAAAAAGCUAGCUGAGGCGUUACUCACACCAGGAAAUGCAGUGGGUACUGAACAGGAGCUCAAAAAAUAUCCAAUGUCUCAUCGACAGAAAGAAGCCACUUUAGAAUCUGCCUUACCAGAAGGCACCGACUCCAGAUUAUAGCUCUGUCAGUCACGUGUGGAUUAAACCCCUUUCCUCUAACCUCCUCCCUCUCUUUCCAACCUUGGAGGGACCUUUCUCAGGAGCCAGUCAGGGAGGAGAAGGGAAGAGAGAGUGAAGCAGGUAACCAGGCCCACCCCUCUGGAGGAGACAGACCUGAAGAGGGGUUGCUUACAAGCGUUGCAUUUGGAGUCCAGAGAUUUGCUAUUACAGCUAAAUUUUGUCUGUUUUGUAAGGUUUUGGUUUGUUUUUUUGUUCUCUCUUUUCUUUUUGUUUUAAUUUCAUAUUUAUGGAAAAGUUGCAAUAAUCUGACAAAGAAUUCUUAUAUGCCCUUUACCCAGAUUACCUAAAUGUUAACCACUUGCCACAUUUGCUUUAUCUCUUUCUCCCUCUACAUAUAUGCGUAUGUAUGUUUAAUUUUUUUCUGGAACUAUUUGUGUGUCCAUUGAAGACAUGAUGAAGACAUGAUGUUCUUCACAUGAUGUUUUUGUAUUUGUGUGUCAGUUGAAGACAUGAUGUUUUAAAUAUUUCAUUGUGUAUUUCCUAAAAUCACGAUGUUCUUUUGAAUAACAAUAUUACCAUUGGCAAAAUAAGGAAAUGAACACUUAAGUGAACUAUUUAAUCUGUAGACCUUAUUCAGAUUUUGCUAUUUAUCCCAAUAAUUUCCUUUGUACUCCUAGGUCAUGAAAUACAUUCACUUGUCCCAUCUCUUUAGUCUCUUUUAGUUUAGAACAGCCUGUUUUUCUUGUUUGUUUGUUUGUUUAACAGUAUAUAAGAAGAACACAAGCCAGUUAUCUUGUAAAAUGUCUCUCAACUUUGGUUUGUCUUAAAUGUCUUCAAGAAUAGAUUCAGGUGAUGCUUUUGGGGCAGCAGUGCUACAGAUGUCAUUGCACCCUUCUCAGUACAUCAUAUCAGGAGGCACACGAUGUUGAUACCUGAUGUAAACUUUAACUGCAUUUGCAGUUGAGAGAAAUGUAAAUAAAAGUAAAGCUGCAGUAAUAAAUCAUAACUGCAUAAAUUAACUGUAGUACAUACUGUACAACUGUAAUAAUUUCAUAGCCACCUCCUGUUGCUAUUGUGUUGAGUUCAAUUGUUGUCUUUUCUCAAGCUUACUUUAUUGUAUGAAUACAGUAUUUAUAACAUACAAAA